UCCAUAUCAUUUUUGAUAAUCAAUGUUUUCUUAUGGAAAUACUCACAUAUAAUUAGAUCUAGAUCUAUAUCAGUAGCCAUUUGUGAACGCAAUAUUCGAGAAUGUAAAAGAUUUGUUUCGUGAAAGAAAACUUAUUGAGAUUUUGUACGCAGCUUGUAAACAAAAAUGUCGAAAGUGCACGUGUUUGAAGAAGAAAAUGUUUCUGAUCUGGAUUCAGGGUCAGAAGCCGAUGUUGAAAGCGAAGGCGAGAAUUCAGAAGGUUCUGAUGGAAAUGGCAGUGAAGGUGAAGAAAAUAAGAAAUCUGGAAUGGCUGAUGCCAUGGCUAGAAUCUUGGGAAAGAAAGUUCCAAGCAAGAAAGGUGUCAUCAUGGCGAAAGCUAUGACAGAUAAACAAAUUGAAAGAAAACGAAAAAUAAAAGAGCAAGGAGGACAAGAAGAGACGGAAGUUAAAAAAGUUUAUAUUGAUCAACAAACAAAACAGGCUAAGAAAAAAGAAUGGGAAAAUAGAGGGAGAAUCAAACCAGAUCCAUUAGAUAAACCUGCUGAACGUAUCUUACAGAGAAUAGCCACUAGAGGUGUUGUUCAGCUAUUUAAUGCUGUUAGUAAACAACAGAAGAUUCUGGAUGACCAAUUGAUGGAAGCAGGGUCAUCAGAAAGGAGGAAAGAUAAAGUGGUGGAAUCAUUGACCAAAGAUAAAUUUUUAGAUAUUUUAAAAGGCAGUGCAGACAGUUCUUCCAAAUCAUCUAAAAAGAGAAAAUCAGAUAAAAGUAAAUCCAAGAAAAAUUCUGAUGGGAAUGAAGAAGAUGAAAACCCUAAAUGGAGUAUUUUACGAGAUGACUUUAUGAUGGGAGCUACAAUGAAGGAUUGGGAUAAAGAGGGCAGCGAUGGGGAGGGGCUACCAGAUGACUGACAGGUCAUUAGUGUAAUAGCUUAUUAUGUUGUUAAUAGUGUACAAAUGAACAUAAAUUCUACUAAACCU